CAUAAUCUUGUACCCAUCUCCCCCAAAGGCCCCAUUUUCAUCGGAACACAUACACUCUAUCCCCCCAAUCUCUCUUCACUCUUUCUUCCUUCUCAUUUCCUCAUUCUCCAGUACUUUUAAACAAAACCUAAACACAACAAAAAUCCAUAAAAACCCAAAAAAUGGAUGAUCUCAAAUUUGUGAUCGAAUCAUCCGAAGCACAAACACUAGCAAACAAACUCGGCUUAAAAUCCGUACUCAACCUCUUACCAUUGAUAGCAAAAUCAGCUAAAAAGCUUGCUCGCCCACCAAUCUCCGGCUUCCAUGUUGCCGCCAUCGGCUUAGCUACCGACGGCCGUAUUUUCAUCGGCGUCAAUGUCGAAUUUCCAGGAUUACCCCUGCAUCAUUCAAUCCACGCUGAACAAUGUCUCAUCACAAAUCUCUCUCUUCACCCUCAAACCCAUCUCAAAAACGUCGUCGUUUCGGCGUAUCCAUGUGGGCAUUGCCGUCAAUUUCUUCAAGAAAUUCGUGGUGCCCCAGAUAUUCAGAUCUUUGUUUUGGACAAAAAUGGUGAAUCUGAACAAAUUAAUGGAUACCCAGAUGGAGAAUCGGAUUGUUUUAGGCCAUUAUCUUGUUUUUUGCCUAAUAGAUUUGGUCCACAUGAUUUGUUGGAUGAAAAAGUUCCUCUAAUUUUGGAAACAAUUAAUAAUAAUUUGGUUCUUGAUGAUGAUGGUAAAAUCGUUGAAAUGGGUAAUUUGUGUAAUGUAGUUUCGAGAUUUGAGGUGGGAGAAUUGGUUUCGGCUGCAUUCGAGGCUGCGAAUCGGUCUCAUGCACCUUAUAGUGGGAGUCCAUCUGGGGUUGCUUUGGUUGAUGUGGAUGGUAAAAUAUACAAAGGGUGUUACAUGGAGUCUGCUGCUUUUAACCCGAGUAUCGGCCCUGUGCAAGCCGCCAUGAUCGCUUUUAUAACGGGGUCUGGGACUGGCGAAUGUGAUGCAGGCGCUGAUUACAAGAGGAUUGUGGGUGCUGUUCUGGUUGAAGUUGAAGGUGCUGUUGUUAGACAAGAAGAGACUGUAAGAUUGUUUUUAAAUGCUGUUUUUCCAAAGUGUGAAUUUCGUGUGUUACGUUGCCAAAAAUCAAGUUCUGCUGAGACACCUAAAGGCAAUUGAUGAAUGAUGAUGAUUCUUCGUUGUUAUUGACUUAUUGUUACGAUCAGAACAUCGGAAAUGGUUACAUGUAAUCAAUUAUUUGUAAUAAUUGUGUAAAGAAAACAAAAAUUAAUUAUUAUGGUAACUUUGUUAUUGUCUCUAAAA